AUGCAUCAUUCUUCACGAAUCCUAAGCAACACAUUAUGCAAGAAAAACUCAAACUUGCUGUUAUCUUUCACUGGCUAUUCUUACAAUGACUGUCAUCUUGCUCCAUUAUUUUGCCGCUCGAUCUUCUCCACGACGCACCUAGAUAACUCAUGGGUGAACAAGAUCAAAGGGGUCUUCACCGGCAAUAAGACCUCUUCAGAUGAAACCAAGCCAGGCUCUGGCCCUGAAUCAUUUACCCUGCUUCGAUUUGCGGAUGAGAUGAAGAAUGCUAGAAGAAUUGGGGCAUUCAAGCAAUAUAUUGUGGGGAGAAGCAGUGAAGCUACUUUUGCCGAUGCUUUUGAGAAACAGGAAGCCAUAAUCCGAUAUCUUGGAGGAUUUGAUUCCACUGGAGAGAAUCUCAAUGUCACUCAAAAACAAGAAGCAGCAAAGCAUUGUAAUUGCACGAUUGCUGAUGUUGAGAAUGCACUUGCAAAGUUCACAUGGGCUAGAGAAGCACAAAAGAAGAUGGAAAACUUACAGAAAGAAGGGAAACCAAUGCCAAAGAACAUUAACGAGGUGCAAAAAUUGAUGGGUUCAACGCCAUUUGACCUUGCCAAGUCUAAUUUGGCUAAGAGUGGGCAAAUAAGUAGGAAUGCGCUCUGUCCAUGUGGUUCCAAGAAGAGAUACAAACGGUGCUGUGGAAAGGAUUGA